ACUUUGAAACACUUUGUCUUCUUUCUCAUCAUCAAGUUUAGCAUCACAUUCACAAUCUCUCCUUCUUCACUAAGAAAUAAAAUUGACCCUAACCGUCCUACUUAUAUAAAAACAUCGAUACCAUAUACCUCUCAACAUCAUUAUAACUAUUAUAUAUCAUCAAAAGAGAGCCAAACUGAGAGAAAUAAAAGAGAUAGAAAACCUAAUUAUGGGAGCUGAUUGGGGACCUGUGGUGGUGUCAGUGGUGUUGUUCAUCUUGCUUUCACCGGGGCUACUAUUCCAAUUACCAGCAAGAACAAGGGUCAUGGAGUUUGGGAACAUGAACACAAGUGGGAUUGCUAUUCUAGUUCAUGCUGUCAUAUACUUCUGCAUACUCACCAUCUUGGUCAUUGCAAUCGGUAUUCACAUACAUGUUAACUAAUUUUAUAUCAUCACCAUCAUCAUCAUCAUCAUCUUCAAAUCUCUAUAUAUAUAUAUGUACAUCUUAUUAUACUCUCCCUUGAGAUUUUUCCUCUCAUUUUCUUGUAAUAUCAACUUUUUCAUUUCUUUCUUCAACUUUCAUCAAAUGUUUUGUGUUUCAAUUGUUGUAGUGUUGAUUCUUUUAGUUCCAAACUGUUGAGAGUUAGCUAUAGUCAGAAACAUUAAUUGGCGAUACUAACAUGAAAUAAGUUUGUUCUAAUUGAAUUUCCAUUAUUAUUAUUCGAUCAAGCCAAAAUCUUACAAGU